AUGUCAGGUGACUGGGAUCGAAUGGAAUGGUACGUGCAACAGAUAAAUGAGAACAGUCAAGAUGGUUCAUUCUUGCGUGCGGUUGUCGCGUUACGAAAGGAACAAUAUCGAGAUGCGUUGACGUUCGUUGAUAAGGUGCGUGACAUGUCAGAUGCCGAACUGACUGCCAUGGCAUCCGAGAGUUAUGAGCGUGCAUAUGGCGCGAUGACACUGGUGCAACAACUGACCGAACUAGAGGAGGCGAUCGAGUACAAGAUGUGGCCCGAGAGAAGGACACGCAUCGGAGUGGUGUGGAGCCGACGACUGCAGGGCUGUAGACAGGAGAUUGAACACUGGACGAAGUUACUGCUUGUUCGGUUGGUGAUUGGAUUGUCGCUUUUUAGAGGCUUGAUUUUAGAGGCUGGCUUGUUUGUUUGA